GGAGGGUAGUUCUGUAGCGCCAGUACCGCGCUUCAGUACCGCGCCGGUGGUCAGGCAGCACGAAUCGCGAGCUGCAAAAGUGUCGACGCGUAAGCGGAGCGAAGUGUGCUGGUGUAGUGCGCGAAGUGGCAGUUUUGGCGUUGCGCGCGCGCAGACACGUCGGCGAGCGCUCGCCGCGGAAAAUGUCGAUGCGCCAAGGGGGCGAUGAGCCCAAUUUACCGUUCUCAUUGUCACCCUCGUCAUCGCUGUUUGCACACGAGCUUCGUCAUCGCACUGAUCAUCGGGCAACUAUUAUUGCUGGCCGUUGCUGCCUCAUCCGGCCAAGGCGACUCGUCAGCAGCAGUAGCAGUAGCAGCAGCUUCCUCUAACCAUGACACCGAGCUCGACGCCUACGAUGACGAGGAACUCGAUGAGGAAUACGUCGAGAUCAACGUCACCGCAGAGCCGUGGAAGUACUUGGGCUCGCCGUGCGAUACGAACUGCAACCCGUCACUGCAGCACGUGUUCUGCGACCCGCAGACAAAGUUUUGCGAGUGCGAGAAGCUUUACCCCGUGCAGCUGGGUCCCACCAAAGGCUGUGCCAAACCCAAGAAACUCGGCGAGCAAUGCCUGUACAGAGCGAGCUGCAUCUACACCGAUCAACACUCGACGUGCAUGCAGGUUCAGCACAAUGCUAUGUGCGAAUGCGAGACUGGCUACCAUCGUGUGCCGCUAUCCAGACAGAAUAAAAAACUAUUCUGCGCUGCAGAUUUGGUGCUGAUAGCCACGGAUCUACCAACGCUGCUCGGCGUAGCCACGGGCAUAGCAGUGCUGACAGGAUUGAUUUGUUUUGUGCUGAAACUAUUUAGUCGGGGCCGCUACACGAGACCUCGACACUACGCUAAUGCCGGACAUGCCGCGCCCAUGCUUUUCUCCAGCGACACAGGUAUCCCAUUGACACUGCACGGCUGCAGGCCGUCAUCUCGAUCAUCUCAACGCGGCAGCGGAGCAACGAUAAAUUGCGUGCAAAUCAACCGGAAGGCAAGCUCGAGCGCAGGAGGAAGCGGUGGCGAACGAAGCGUGCAGGUGUCGUCGUCACGUGCAGGUGCGGCUCGAGCCGCAGCCAUCUUGCUGAUCUCAUGCCGUGGGCAGGAUGCCUCCAGUGUUGUUGUAAGCGCGGGAGGCGGCAGCAACGGCAAGCACCGACGCGCACUCAGCGAUGUCGCCGAGGGCUCGUCCGAUGGCCUCGGCUCCCGUCGUCCAAGUUUAGCGUCAAUUCACAGCACAACUUCGUCGGCCAAGAGUUACGGCGCCGGCGCUCGACGUCUCGAACGCGAACGCAACGAGAAAGAGCAGCGUCAAGCUCUUGUUGAGUUCAAACUGAAACAGCAGCAGCAGCAGCAGCAGCAGCAGCAGCAACAACAACAAAAAGAGCCGCUCCAACUACAACCAACCCCUAGUCCAAGGACUCCACAUUCAACCGACGAGCUACUGCCGGCAGUCGCUGAGGGAGCUGAACUUUUCUACAGCGAGCAAACACCAACGACAUCAAGCACAUUAAAUGCCGCAGUGGCCACCAAGGCGAGAAAGACAACGACGAAAAUGUUAGCGACGACGAGCGAGGCAAGCAGUCCAUUGUUCGAGAGCGACGUGAAACCAUGCACUUCUGCCGACGUUUACCGCAACUCGUAAUAAAUCCUUCGUCAAACAUUACUGUUGUAUACAGUAGCUCGUCGCAUCUAUUCACCUAUACUCAUAAAAAAGAAGACACGAUCAAUAUUUAAUGCCGCUCGAGAUUUGUCGUUUAUUUCUCUCUCUCUCUCUCUCUCUCUCUCUCUCUCUCUCUCUCUCUCUCUCUCUCUCACUCUCUUCUUUUCUUUCUACGUACGCGCGUCAUGCGAUAUACAGUCUAUAGGGAAACUUUUAUUGAACCGUGUUGAUUUUGUUGUCCUUCUUUUGUUAGGUUGCAUUCAGACUCGAGAAAAAUGUAGAGAAAAGAUAGAAAGGUUCGUCUUUUAUAUUUAUGUUUUUUUAUUUGUAAACGUGACACUUUGGUUUUCUUUCUGCAUUGAAAUCGUCGAAUAUCCCGUAUGCAUGUAUAUAGAUAUAAAUAGAGGACGUUCGAACAAAAGAUAUUCACACCAAAGUACGUAAGCCAGUGACUCACGCGAGAAUGAUAUAGUUGCGCGGCUAUAUAGAGUGCACCUACGCAGAAAUACACGUACAUGGCGAAAAAAGAAAUGGCUUUUCACUCGUUCAUCACCGUGCGCGUGGUGGUUUUUUGCAAGCCUAAUUUGCCAUCGAUGUCGAUGAGAGCGCGUUUUUAUACCGUUUUAAUACUUUGAUACAUUUUUUAAUGUUUUCAUUAUAGACUUUUUUAAAAAAGCGCUGUGUAUGAGCCUAGAAGACGUAAGUUUACUACCUCUCCAUAUAUACUUUUCAUAUUUUCUUUAUGAUGAUGCGUGGUAUAUACCCCUUUUUAAUUUAUUGUUAAUAAUUACCGCAUCGAGCAAUACAGAAAAUACAUUUUUUUUUCGACGGCGGAGCGUUUAGGUAUGUAAUAUAUGCCUAACGAGGCUUUGUAUUAGGAAUGACAAUUUUUUUGACGUAUGAAAAAUAUUAAUUGAUAAAAUGAAUAGAAAUAAACGAUUUAUUUUUACAAAUUGACUGAUAUGGAACAAUACUGUAUAAUAAAAACUGGUUUUUUAGUAAAAUUCGAAAGAAAAUUGCAAAAGAUUGAAUUUAAAAAAAUCAUAUAAUCGAAAUUCUAAUAGAUCUUCACACAUUAUACGAACUACGUAAAUUGGUAAUUGUAAAACGGACAUAGAAAUCGAAUUUUCCCAGUCGAGGCAUGAAUAUAAACUAAACGAUGAGAAUGUUCAAAUAUAACUUAACGCUGCCUUUUUCGAACGAGAAGAGAAACUUCAUAGUAUCAAAUUACUUGCUGAACUUUUUUGGCAGAAUAGUGAGAAUGAGUGCAUAUGAGAAGACGCAACUAGGCUUUAUCGAGUACUUUAAAUCAUGAUGUCUCAAAAAAUCAUCUAUAAUGUCAUGUUAGUGAAUGCAAUUGUUCAAUUGAUCGUUAUAGUAUGUAUAAUAAUAUAUAAGCGACGAGAAUUCCAGUAACUAUAAUUGUUAAAAAAAAUGAAAAGAAAAAUUGUUAAUCGCGAGAAUUCCAUUAAUUUAUUGCAAAUAGGAGUUCUGUAUUUAAAUAAAAUCUAUAAAAGCAACAAACAAAUAUAAAUAUAAAUGAAGUAGAGCGAUUGAACGAGAGGAAAAAGAUUGACAUGCAUGUUUAUAAAAGUCUAUGUAAACAGCGUUGUUUUAGCCCAUUUUGAAUGUUUACUGUACGAUACAUUGUAAUAUAGACGUUGGGCAAAU